AUGCUGCUGCUUUUCGUUUGCCUCUUUUUCCUCUCCGUGGUCGCGCUUGCGCUUCUUUGGUUUUUCGGCGCGCCGGAGGGGAAUUCGUUCUCUGCGCGGCUCUUCCGCUUCUUCUUCGUCUCCGCCCCCGCGCGGCUCCUCAAUACAGUCGAGGCUCUCUGCGGCCUCGGCGCGCGUAGAAAACUCGAGCAGAUCUUCUUCUACGUCUUCCACACAAACAACCCGAUCGUCCAGCUCGUCUAUCUGGCCGUAAUGAUUGGAGGAUACACGCAGAUCGUUCUCGUGGGGUAUCCCUGGAUUCCCAAUGCAUACGUCGGCGAAAUCCACAAGUUUUUAGGCUUUGCAGUCUUCCUUUCCUGCCUCGUGACCUUCCUCUUCUGCGCACUGAAGGACCCCGGCGUUAUUGAUCACGAGAAUGCGAAGGAUCAUGAGCGCCUGUACCCCUACGACCGAUGCAUUUACUUCCCGAAUUCAAAGUGUUCCACCUGCCACUUCAACAAGCCCGCGCGCAGCAAGCACUGUCGACUCUGCAACGUCUGCGUCGCGCGCUUUGACCAUCACUGCGUCUGGAUCGGGAACUGCGUCGGCGCGCGGAACCACGGCGCGUUCAUCAUCUUCCUCCUCACGCACUUCCUCAUGUGUGCCUACGGGUCCGUGACGAUGUUGAAUCUGCUUCUCGGCAUCGUGGACGCGAAGAAGCUGACCUCUGCAGUUUACAUCGAUCCGCUCUCAGGCCGCCGGUCGCCAGCGACUUGGGGCGUCGUUCUGCAGUACAUGGCGGGCCGCUUUGGCUCGCUGAUUUUCCUGGCGGUGUUGCUGGUUGUUUUCUUCUUUUUGCUUCUCGGCUUCACGGCUUAUCACCUCUACACGGCGGUGUGGCGCAACAGCACGACGAACGAGUCCUUCAAGUACCGCUGCAUGCGGCAGAUCCUCGCAGCGCCCUUCCCACUCGAGGACGAAGCGAGCGAGGCAAAAAAAAACGAAGAGAGCGCUGGAGACGCGGCGCCAGAGGCGCAGGCCCCUGCGCAAGGCGCGAAGGGGAAGAAGGCCGACAAGGACGCAGAAGCGGAGAAAGAAACGAAGCUUCACCCGCCGCUGAUGACUUCCGAGAAGGCUGUCGAGCAUGUCAAAAAGGCCCGAGGCCGCUACCAUCACGGGUUGGUGCAGAAUGCACUGGAGGUCUUUUGCUUCGAUGACUGGAUGCGGGAGACGCUCGCGAGGCGAGAGGAAGAGAUGAAGCGCGCGUCCGUAGCCUCUGGGCACGCGGUCCAGUUUCUCGCGGCAGCAGUGGCUCACGCCGGCGAAGCGCCAGAGGAGCGCGCGGUGGAAAACGAGACAGAAACGGGAAAGAAAACGAGAUAG